CCAACAAAUAAAAUCCUUUCUCUUCUGUGUAAACGGAAGUGAACAGGUGACCAAAAAACAUUUCCACAUUAACGUUAAUAUUGUUGUUAUUUAGACGUUUAUGAACUCACUGGAACUUUACAAUAUGACCAAUUUAACUGCACAGCAUUACCUCGUGUAGUCUUUAAUUCGCAUUGGAGACAGGACUUGAUAAAUGUUAUCUAGGUAACGCUAGCUAGCUGCAAAAGUUAGCAAACAAUGGCUAACUGUAUGGUUUUUCACACUCAAAUAGCCUCCAUCAUGGAGGUGCUAGCGAAUGCAGCCGUGGCAGAGAUCUGUAAACUCGUAGACGACGACUAUGCAGUGUUUCGUGUGGAAAUUUCUCACAGCCAGAAGGAAAACAGGGGAUUACGGAGGAAACUACAGCUACUGGAACUGAAGGUGGCACGGGAGCGCGCAGAGAGGACAAUUCGAGAGCGCGUCCUCGCCAGUCGUCCCAGUAGUGUCAAGAUCCUCGACCGAUACAGAGGAAUGGCAAGAGGUGAAGGACAUCUCACUGGAGGCCACAGGAGCUUUGUGAAGCCAGCAGGACACAACGCUUGGAGAGAUGACCAACCCAUAUCUAUAGAUGAGGGGAGUGGAAUCUCAACCCAGCAUGUUAUUGUAAUAGAGUCUGCAGAUGCAGAGGCUGCAGGUCCUGGAGGAUCGUCUCUGGUCAAGCAGGAGAGGACCGAAGGAGAUGACCCACGACACAGCAGAGACAUCCAGACUGGCGCAGUGGCUGGAGUGGCACCCCUUUUAGCUACGGACGACCUCGCCACCACUCCCCAGCCCAGGAACCGACGCAGCAUCACGGAGGAGGAGGAGGGUCCAGAGGUGCUGCUGGUGAAGGAGGAGAGUCUGGGGAACCCCGAGGGGACCAUGGUCAUGGAGGACAACCAGACUACACCUCCUCCUGAACCAACUGAGCAGCACAGGACCACAUACAGUCUCACUGAGUCAGUAGACACGGAGGAUGUGAAGCCUGAUCUGCUGCUGGUCAAAGAAGAGACAAUAAAGGACGGACCAGAGAGAAUUGACCUGCGGAGUGGACUAAAGAUGGGGGAGCAAGAUGGUUGGCUGGAGGCAAACAGAGGAGACUGUGCGACCAUCUUGGAUUCCCAGACCCAGAUGGGUGCAGCGAAGGGCCCAGGGGACAACAUCACUGAGCAGGCCAGGACCAGAGGCGACAUAUUGGAGGUCAGUGGAUGGGAUAGCAUCCUCAACUCUGGGCUGGGGAACAACAUUGUUAACCACAACCAGAAACAGACAGUCAAACACAAAACAGCAACCAAACUUAGUCUCCAUGACAACAGACUGGCUGAGACCAGGGUGAGGCUUAGAUUUGGUCUGUGGGGACGGGGAGGUGUCUGUAUGAGAACAGACACAGACUCUCCUAGCAGUGUGCCGUCCUGCUCCUCUAGUUGUGAUUCAGACAGACUGAUGGCACCUCAGAUUAACCCCCUAACAGGUGCUGCCUUCAGCCUGCCUUCUACAGGAUCUAUCAACUGGAACGGAUCUAUCAACUGGAACAUGGACCCUGCGACAACACAGACACUCCCUGGCCUUUGUCCUCCUCACACUCUCCUAAUGUUUAACCAGACCUCAGACAAUGCCAAUUCCUCAGCACUAAAUGGCUACACAAACCCAUUCACAAAUGACAGUAGUAGUAAUGCUAUCAGCAGAUCCGGUGGCAAAGAGAAGCUCUUACAGUGUUCAUUCUGUGGGAAAACUUUCAGUUUCCCCAAACAGGUGUAGAUCCACCAGAGGAUGCACACGGGGGAGAAAUUGUUGGGCUGCCGCCUGUGCUGGGCCUGUUUUUCCGACUCGUCCCACCUGAAGAGACACCAGAUGGUCCACACGGUGAAACCCUACAGCUGCCCCCAGUAUGAGAAGAGGUUCUCCCACCAGUUGAAGAUGCACCUGAUGAUCCACAUGGGAGAGAGGCUGUUCACCUGUACAUACUGCUGGAAGAGGUUCUCAGAGAGGACCUACCUCAGGAUACACCACCAGAAAAUGCACACGGCACAUGUAUAGUUUAAUGUAACAUAGUACUAGUUAGUUUGUAGUUAAUUCUGUUGGUUUUGGAUGUAGUAGAGAACUGGAUGAGAACUGAGGAAAUAAUGAAUAAGAUGAGGCAGAGUAGAUGAUAGUGUGAUGGUAUCUGUAAAAAUGCUUCAUUAUUGAAAAUAAUUUUCAUGUAAUGUUGAACUUUUUCCAAAGUAUCUCCCAACCCAACCCGGUCAUAUCCCCUAUACUCCCCCAACCCGGUCAUAUCCCCUAUACUCCCUCAACCCAGUCAUAUCCCCUAUACUCCCCCAACCCGGUCAUAUCCCCUAUACUCCCCCAACCCGGUCAUAUCCCCUAUACUCCCUCAACCCGGUCAUAUCCCCUAUACUCCCCCAACCUGGUUAUAUCCCCUAUACUCCCUCAACCUGGUUAUAUCCCCCAUACCUCCAUUGACUGUGGUUAAUAUUUUAGAAUAUCUUGUCAUGUUUGUGUGUGUACAGCAAAACGUUUCUUAUAUAAACUUUUAUGAUUUUCUCUUCCAUUUGUGUUUACAGUCUGCAGUCCACGAGGACUUGUUAAUAUCCAGUGUUGCUGGUGG